AUGUCGACACUUGAGGAACUCGACGAUCUCAACCGCAGAGGAAAGGAUGACAAGAAAAGAGGUGGCGCAGAUGGCAGGGGCGAGCAGAAAGCGUCGGAUAGUGACGAGGUCAUGAAGGACAAGGACGAAGACGACAUCCUUGACGAUGAAAUUCUCGGUCUCAGCACCCAAGACAUACAAACUCGGAAGCGGCUUCUAGAAAACGACUCCCGGAUCAUGAAGAGCGAGCUGUCCAGACUGUCGCACGAGAAAGCAGCAAUGGGAGAAAAGAUUAAGGACAACGUGGACAAGAUUGCCAAUAACCGACAGCUCCCUUACUUGGUCGGGAACGUCGUCGAGCUGCUGGAUCUCGACCCCACCGCCGAGUCGUCCGAGGAAGCUGUCAUCAAAACCUCUACCCGGCAGACCAUAUUUCUGCCGCUCAUCGGUCUUGUUGACUCCGACAAGCUGAAGCCCGGUGAUCUCAUUGGUGUCAACAAGGAUUCGUACCUCAUCCUCGAUACCCUGCCUGCCGAAUACGACAGCCGGGUCAAAGCCAUGGAGGUAGAUGAGAAGCCCACAGAGCAGUACACGGACGUGGGAGGGCUGGACAAGCAAAUCGAGGAGCUCGUCGAGGCCAUUGUAUGGCCUAUGAAGGAAGCCGAUCGAUUCAAAAAGAUUGGCAUUAAAGCCCCCAAAGGCGCCUUGAUGUAUGGCCCCCCCGGUACCGGCAAGACUCUUCUUGCGAGGGCGUGUGCCGCGCAAACGGAUGCCACGUUUCUCAAGCUCGCCGGACCCCAGCUUGUGCAAAUGUUCAUUGGCGACGGUGCCAAGCUAGUCCGGGACUGCUUUGCCUUGGCCAAGGAAAAGGCCCCGGCCAUCAUCUUCAUCGACGAGCUGGACGCCGUGGGCACGAAGCGCUUCGACAGCGAGAAGAGCGGUGACCGAGAAGUGCAGCGUACCAUGUUGGAGCUACUCAAUCAGCUGGACGGCUUCGCAUCGGACGACAGGAUCAAAGUGUUGGCAGCGACGAACCGAGUUGAUGUUCUGGACCCGGCGCUGCUCCGCUCAGGCCGCCUUGAUCGCAAGAUUGAAUUUCCGCUGCCGAACGAGGAAGCACGCGCUCAGAUUCUCAAGAUUCACUCACGAAAGAUGAAGGUGGAUCCCGGAGUUAACUGGGGUGAGCUGGCGCGCAGCACCGAUGAAUUCGGAGGGGCCAUGUUGAAGGCCGUGUGCGUCGAGGCAGGCAUGAUAGCGCUGCGGUCUGGGAAGAACAAGAUUGGCCACGAGCACUACGUGGACGCCAUUGCCGAGGUGCAAGCCAAGAAGAAGGAUACGGUCAACUUUUACGCGUAA